AUGCCCCUCCGCAACCGCAACAUCUGGCACGCCAGCACCCCCAACCCCUCUUGGGCAGCCGUCGAAGCCUUCGCCCAGCACCACACCCACCCUGCAACCCGCCCCAACACUGCAGCACUCACCUCCACCGCCCGGCACUCCCGCGCCGCCGGCCUCCCCGACUACGCGGUAUCCCCGUCCCAGGGCAAAUUCCUCGCUCUGCACUGCCGCACCGCCGGCGUCACCCACGCGCUUGAAGUCGGCACCCUCGGCGGAUACGCCGCUGUGUGGUUGGCGAGUGAGAACCCCGGUCUGAAGCUGGUUACUAUUGAGCGGGAUCCGCACCAUGCGGCGGUUGCGAGGGAGAAUUUGGCGGCUGCGGGGUUGUUGAAGGGGGCUUCGUCGCCGGAGGGGAGGGUGGAGGUUGUGGAGGGGGCUGCGUUGGAGGUGCUUUCGCGGCUGAGGGAGGAGGUGCAGGCGGGGAAGAGGGAGAGGUUUGGGUUUGUGUUUAUUGAUGCGGAUAAGGUGAAUAAUUGGCGGUAUUUUCAGCUGGCGAGGGAUAUGCUGCGGCCGAACUCGGUUAUUUGUGUGGAUAAUGUUGUAAGGGAGGGGGAUUUGGCGGAUUUGCAGAAUGAUGAUCCUUACGUUGAGGGCUGUCGUGAGGUGGUUGAGAAGGCGGGCAGGGAGCCGGGUAUUGAUGCGGUGGUUGUGCAGACGGUUAGUGACAAGAGCUACGAUGGUUGGUUGUGGGCGGUGGUGAGCUGA